CGCGACUGAUCUCACUUCAGGAGCAAUGCGGCCGCCUUGAGCCCCACAAACACUCUUGGCUUCUGGUCCACCGUGCCGGCGGUUAAACAGGGCAGCUGGUCCGCCAUGCAGCCAAUCCUCCCCCACAUAAGUACUCGUGAUGCCUAUGCGUAGAAAGACAGUCGUCAUCGCGCUCCUGCCGACACACACACAACAAACUAUUCAUCCACAGCAAACAUGGCCGACAAAGAGCCUAUCGUGACCCACGUCUACACCGCCGACCCAUCGGCGCAUGUUUUCAACGGCAAGCUAUACAUCUACCCCUCGCAUGAUCGUGAGACAGACAUCAAGGACAACGACAAUGGCGACCAGUACGACAUGGCCGACUACCACGUUUUCAGCAUGGACACUGUAGGCGGCCCCGUGACCGACCAUGGCGUAGUUCUCAAGCAAGAAGACGUUCCCUGGGUCUCGAAGCAACUUUGGGCCCCUGAUGCCGCGACUAAGAACGGGAAAUACUACCUUUACUUUCCCGCGCGAGACAAGGAAGGGAUCUUCCGUGUCGGCGUAGCAGUCGGCGACAAGCCCGAGGGUCCCUUCAAACCAGAACCCGACUACAUCCAGGGCAGCUUCAGCAUCGAUCCUGCAACUUUCGUGGACGACGAUGGCUCAGCAUACCUGUUCUUUGGCGGAAUCUGGGGCGGGCAACUGCAAUGCUGGACGACGGGCAAAUUCGACAAGUCAGGCCAGGAACCGACUUCUGGCGAUGCACUCGCCGCGAAAGUCGGCAAGCUCACAGACGAUAUGACACAAUUCGCCUCUCCAGUCACCGAUGUCUUGAUUCUGGAUCCAGAGACGCAGAAGCCUAUCCAGGCGGAAGACCACGACAGGCGGUUCUUCGAGGCUGCAUGGCUGCACAAGUACAACGGCAAGUACUACUUCAGCUACAGCACGGGCGACUCGCACUUCUUGUGCUACGCUAUCGGUGAUAGUCCCGUGGGGCCAUUCACAUAUGGAGGCAGGAUUCUGGAGCCUGUCGUUGGGUGGACGACGCACCACAGCAUUGCGGAGUUCAAAGGAAAGUGGUAUCUUUUCUACCACGACAGCACGCUCAGUGGAGGAAGGAACCACCUGAGGUGUGUGAAGAUCAGAGAAAUCGUUUAUGAUGAGCAGGGUAAGAUCGGGCUGGCAGACCCCCAGCCGCAGCUUUCGGAGGCAGAUGCACCACCUGCGAAGCUUGAGUCGUGAGACAUAACUUAGAAACAAAUAACACUUCAAUUGUAACUGAUUCCCAGA